AUGGCACUUUGGAUUGAGGAAGAGUCGGAAUCUACACACUCAGGGAGUGUGGGUGGAAAGCGCGUGUAUAUGACAGCAUCUGAAUCGAAUGCUCAAUUUGCUGCUAUCUGGGCUUCGGCUCUUGAGGAAUACAAGCGCAACACCAACAAGGAUCCCACCUUAACACCACUCGAGGGCGAUUCUCCCGACGUGCUUCUCGCGAUCAUCGAUGAAAAACAGCUAAGGGAGAAAAGCUCAGAAAAGCUCUCAAGCGCAUAUUGGAGCUGGAACCUUUGUUCUCUGAGGCGGCCGGGGAAGGCGCAGCACUGGCGAGUGUUGCGAGUGUUGCGACAAUCGCUGACAUUUCUACUAUCGAAAGCAAUUUUUGUCGCCAUUCGCAUACUACUCGGAGCGGCCAAAAAUGUGACCGCUAAAUAUGAUGCGAUCCUCGAUGUGUUUGGGGAGAUGGGAGAUUUCCUUGAUCGCUUGCGGAUCCAUUUGCAACAGGGUAUCACAGCACCAAUGCGGAAUAUCUUUGUUGAGAUAAUAUCCCAAAUGCUGAGGACGUUCGGAAUUUUCACGAAGUCUAUGAAGCGAAAUCGUCUCAGUGAGCAAUUUGACGGAGCAUUCAAGGGAUUGCACGGUGAUACUCUGUUAGCUCACUACUUCAGGGGGGUCUUUGAUAUGGAUGAUAAUGUGAAGGGCGCAUUGGAGAAGUUAAGAGUAUUGUCGAACCAGGAACUCCAAAUGGCUACUACAGUCACCUUGGUGAACACCACAGAGAUAGUCAACAGACUCCAAGAUGAGUUUGAAAUAAAAAUCCGUGCCUGGCUCAGUCUGCCUGACCCAUUUACAAACUACAACACAGCCUCUCACACACGUAGUCUCACAUGA